GAUAAAUUUGUUGUGUUUAGUUUGGACGGCGACGUCCUAACGAGUAGAUCGUGGCGCUCGCUAACGGGAAUUUAAAUUAAAUAAAGCGUACAACGGUAUGUGUUGUUAAUUUACACUAACGGGAAAAAUAAAUAAUAAAAAAAAACACACACAAAUUAAUAAUAUUGUUUUUGUGUGAGUGCUUAAAUGUAUGCAAGCAAGUGUGUUUCUUAAUUUCAAAUAUUAAAUUUGCAGCUGAAAGAAAAAAAAAUUAAAUAAAAAUACGAAAAAAAAAAAAUAAAUUCUCUAAAAGAACCAACAACAAUUGUCAAACAUCAUAGAGAAGUUUGUGCGCUUGAAAUAUCAGCAGCAGCAAGCAGUUUGGCCUGUGUUUUUUAAUGUUGUCAUAAACUCUAAUUAACAGUUGGCAAACCUUUUUUCCUUGCUGCCAUAUCAUUCAAGAACUACAAACAACAACAAUAACAAUAACAACCGAAAGCAUAAAAAACCAAGCAAAACAAAACAAAUAAACAACAAACACUCCCCCCCACUACCUUCCAAAAACAAUAACAACAAACACGCCAUGUAACCUAACAUACAACAACAAACAUUGUAAACAAAACAAAAAAAGAAAUCCCUAAAAUAAAUUUAAACUCAACUCUAACCUCUCCCUCUCUCACACUAACUCUCUACCUCCUACAUAUACCCACCACAACCCCUCCCUCAACAAUAACAAAAGCAAAACAUCAUGGUGAAAUACAAUGUGGAAAUAGUUAAAACCGAAAAUGGCACGGGAAAACCAACAGCAGGUCUAACAACGGCCUUGGUAGCGGAAAACGGAAAUGAUAAUGCGGAUGCUAAUGGUCGUGAAAAUGGCACAACGGCGGAGGACAUUCACUUGGAUGACCUGUACACCAGAUAUCGACAACGUUUGCGUAAAUCAUUGUUCCGUUCUGGUCUACUAAUAUCGUUGGCAGCAUGUGUGGUUUCCAUUGUAAUUGGUGUCAUUUACCAACAGCAAUUAUUGCAAACACUAUUAUUGGCAUUGGCUGCAUUAAUAUCGGCUGGCAUACUAACAGCCCUACAGUUCCCAGCAGUAUUGAAUUCACCGGUGGCUGCUUUGGCUUUUGCCAUUGUAACAACAUUUUCAUUGGGAACGAUAGCAGCAAUUACGGGUGAAGAAUUGGCGCCAUUACCAUUAUUUGCUGUAUUCCUGGGUAUUCACACAAUGUUGCCCAUAUCAUGGCCAGUGUCAGUGGUUUUGGCUCUAUUCAUGACAGCCAUACACAUUGUCUAUCGCAUUGGCGAUAGUCCUGAAUAUGCACCUAAUUUACCUGUGCUAUUUGGCGAAAUCGUCAUGUUGGCUAGUGCAUCCGUAUCCGGAUUAUAUUAUCGCAUAAUGUCAGAUGCUGCCCACACUCGUACGGUUGAUGGUACGCGCACCGGCAUCGAGCAACGUGUAAAAUUGGAAUGUGAACGUGAACAACAGGAACAAUUAUUACUAAGUGUAAUACCAGCUUACAUUGCAGCUGAGGUGAAACGCAGCAUAAUGUUGAAAAUGGCGGAUGCUUGCCAACGGGCUGGUGGCCAAACAAAUUCAUCGGCCACCCGUUUCCAUGAAUUGCAUGUCCAAAGGCAUAACAAUGUUUCUAUUUUGUAUGCAGAUAUUGUAAAUUUUACACCAUUGUCCGAACAACUGACCGCCAGUGAUUUGGUAAAGACUUUGAAUGAUCUUUUCGGGCGUUUCGAUCAAAUUGCACAGGAAAACCAUUGUUUGCGCAUUAAAAUCCUGGGAGAUUGUUAUUACUGUGUAUCUGGACUGCCAAUCUCCAGGCCGCAACACGCCUCAAAUUGUGUCAAUAUGGGGUUACAAAUGAUUGAUGCCAUCAAACAUGUACGUGAGGCGACCGGCAUAAAUGUCGAUAUGCGUAUUGGCAUCCACACUGGCAAUGUAUUGUGCGGUGUUUUGGGUUUGCGUAAGUGGCAAUUUGAUGUCUGGAGUGAUGAUGUGACUUUGGCGAAUCAUAUGGAGAGCGGUGGUGUGGCCGGACGAGUACACAUCACCAAACAAACGCUACAAUUCCUGAAUGACAAAUUUGAGGUCGAAGAGGGAAAUGGUGGCAUUCGUGAUACUUAUUUGGCAGAUCAUAAAAUAGAAACGUAUUUAAUUAUACCACCAAAGAAACCCACCUACAUCACUCACAUAGUGCCACGUAUCACAGAAAUUAACUCAUCACAGGACAAUGUCAACAUGCAUCUAGAUAGCUUGAAUGCCAGCAACCAUCACAGCUACAGCACGAAUGGGGAGUCAGAGGCCACCGAGAAACUUUUACCAGUGACUGUUGUAAAUUUUAAAGCUAUCGAUUCAGCAGAAACAGCUACCACCUUUAAAAUCUCGCCCACGGCAGCAACAAAUAGUCCCGAACAUAAAUUGGCACAAUUAUCAUCGAGAACAUCGAUGUCCAUUAAGGAGGAAGAGGAUGAGGAUACGGUUGAAUUAAGAAAUCAAACUCCAGCAACAAAUGGUGGCUCUCUAACCCCUACUAAUUCGGGUAGUCAGCUGUUACUGCAACAGAAACGUUUAAGUGAUGGCAGUGAUGUUGCAAAUGCAAUCACCAAUAAUACUCAUGCUUCACUAACACCAAAGUCAUCAUUAACUCUGCCCAAUAAUGAUGAUGCUCUUAGUGCUAGUGGCAGUGAGGGGGCCACUUCAAAUUGUGGCUCUGGCACGGGUGGUACUGCUGGCUGUAAUGCACUCAUAGAAAAUUCCAUCGGAAAUUGUGAAUCAUCACAAUCAUUGCAGGCAGCAGCAACAACAGCAAAUGGUGUGGUUUUAGCAAAUGCAACAAAUGUUACAGCAACUAGUACAUCAACAACAAAUGCAACUACAAUGGUUACGUCUGCUAAUUCGGGCAAUAAUUUAUUGGUAACUGAUAUACCAGAGGCUAAAAGUCGUAGGAAAUUAUCUGUGCAAGGUUUAAUGUCAUUUGCUGAUAGAAGACGUUCAUCUGGAGCAUUUAUGGAACGUAAAAUGUCCAUACACACCAAUGAAAGUUUUCGCAGUCAUGGAGGUCAUGUGACACGCAAUCGUCCUUCAUCGAAAAUGACCAAAUACGUUGAAUGCUGGGGUGCAGAUCGACCAUUUGCCAAUAUAGCUGAAUCGAAAUUGGUGAAGAACAUUGGUUUGGCUAGCAUUGCCAUGAUUGAAUCAAACUUACUGCCACCGGAGCGUAAAUGUUUAAAUUUCAAUUGUUUUGGACCACCCACCGAAUUGAGACCGCUUACCAUGUGGUAUCGUAAUACGCCGCGUGAGGUAAUGUAUCGCGCCCGGCCCGAUACACACUUUCGUUAUGAUUUAAUCUGUGCUUUCUUGCUGUUCAUAUCGAUAGCCCUGGUGCAAUUGAUAGUCAUGGAAGUCAACUUUGCUUUAUUGGGUUCUUUGGCGGCCACCUUUAUAUCGUUGGGUUUGUUUUUGUAUCUCAGCAAUAUGCAUGUGCCCGAUAUGGAGUCUUCUACAGCAGAUAGAAAUGGCCCUGGACAGGUGGUGGCCAGCAGCCGUUACUUACGUUUGGCCAUAUUUGUUAUAGCAAAUAUUUUAAUAUCAGCCUGUGCGGUAUUUAGUGUGAUAAACUUUACCACCGAUCCUGAUUUUAUUUCAGCAAAUCUUACCUCUUUAACAAAUUCCUCCAAUGACUCUUCAAUACCCGAUAUUGUGCCCUCCAUGAUUUUAAAUCCUAAUCUGAAUAUAGCCCCCAUGUUUCUCUUCUGCUGUGCCAUUAGUUUAGCUACUAUUUCGGCUUUCUUGAGAUCGGGUUUUAUUCUGAAACUCUUCACCAUGUUUGUGGCUUUAAUAUGUCAAAUUAUUAUUCUCCACUACAAUGAUUUGUAUGAGAGAUAUAAUUUUGAGCUGAGAGCGGAGUGUUUACCCAUAGAAGUAAAAGGUUUUCUUUUGCUGCUGUUAGUCAUAGCUGUCUUGCACACUUUAGAUCGCCAGGGUGAAUAUGUGGCGCGCACAGAUUUCCUAUGGAAGGCUAAAUUGAAAGUGGAACAGGAGGAGGUGGAAACCAUGAGAGGCAUAAAUAAGAUACUUUUAGAAAACAUUUUACCCGCUCAUGUGGCCACUCAUUUCCUGCACCAAGAACGCUCCACCGAAUUGUAUCAUGAAAGCUAUUCCUGUGUAGCAGUAAUGUUUGCCUCCAUACCUAACUACAAAGAGUUUUAUGAUGAAACGGAUGUGAAUAAACAAGGUUUAGAAUGUUUAAGAUUACUCAAUGAAAUUAUAUGCGAUUUUGAUAAGUUACUUUUAAAACCCAAAUUCAGUGGCAUCGAAAAAAUCAAAACCAUAGCCAGCACUUAUAUGUGUGCCUCCGGUUUAAGACCCGGCAAAGAAGAGGGCGCUACCCUAAUGCGUAACUUUGCGGAUGAGAAACGGACAGAGGAACACAAUGUUGUCAUUUUAGUAGAAUUUGCCAUUGCAUUGAUGUCAAUUUUAGAUUCAAUUAAUCGUGAAUCAUUUCAAAGAUUUCGUUUGCGUAUUGGUCUGAAUCAUGGUCCCGUCAUAGCGGGUGUUAUUGGCGCUCAGAAACCACAAUACGAUAUCUGGAGUAAUACGGUGAAUGUGGCCUCACGCAUGGAUUCUUGCGGUGUUAUGGGUAGAUUACAGACCACAGAGAAUACGGCACAGAUUUUAAUGGCCGCCGGCUAUGAGUGUGAAUGUCGUGGCUUGACUUACGUUAAAGGCAAAGGAAAUCUAGUCACUUAUUUUGUAAAGACACCAUUUGAUGGAAAAUUAUAAUAAUUUUAAGCUUUAAACCAUAAGUAAAUCAUAUUUAUUGCCUGUUAAAUACUUGUUUAAAGUAUUUGGCUGAAAAAAAGAAGAAAAUAAUCUAUGAACAACGUUUAAACAAAAAGAAAAAUAUGUAACAACAUAAUUGUGGUAUUCACACGGUCUGCUAUUAGUCAUAUUGUCAUAAUGUCCUAAUAGAUUAUAAUAGUCUUAUUAGUUUAGAAUUUUUUUGUUUGAAACACAACAAAACUUUGAUUAAACUAUCAUAAUAUAUUAGGACAUUAUGACAUUAUACCAAAUAGUAGACCGUGUGAAUACCCCAAAUAUAUAUUGUAAUAUGAAUAAUUUAUAUUAUACCUAUAUUUAUUAGCCAGAAUAAUGCAUAUUUAGAAUAUUAUAUAACGAAUCGAAUUAUCUUUCUCCUCUCCUACUACACACUAAGAUGAACAAAAAAAAAACCAACCAUUUCAAUUAUCCUAAGCAUUUAACUUAUUUAAAGAAAUCAAAAGAUAUUUAAGAAAAAAAACCAAGAAAAUUCUAAGAAUAUUAACAGAUAUUAAAAGGAAUAAAAUAUUAAAGCAAAAACUUAAAAGAAAAAUCUUUAAGGAGACAACAUUUGCUAUACGAAAAUCCUACUGUUUUUAAAGUUUGCACAAUUUUCUAUAAGAAAAUCUAAUUAUUUUAAAUACAGCCUGAAUUUCUAUAAGAAAAUUCCACUAUUUCCAUAAGGAAAUCCCAAUGGGUUGCUGCUUUUAUAGAAAAAAU